CUCGACUCGCAUUCCAUUCACGGACGUGCUCCGGCCCGAGUACGAACUAUACUUCUGCUUCUUGGUCUCUUCCCACGUAUCGGCGUCUCUUGGUGUGUCAGAGUGUUUAUGCCGGAGCAGCAGUGCCGCUGGUAGACAGUUGAAGAAUCGUACAGCGCCGUAAAUUCGAGAACAAUCGUCAGAGUCAAGUAACUCGGGGAAUGUGAAGAGUAGAAAAGAAAAUAUGAAUAAGUGAAGUUUUGGGUGACAGUGAAGUGGUGGGACCUGUAUACGAUGAUUUGAAAAGGAUAUUUAUCAGAGAUCGAAGGUGUUUCCGAGUACAGAGUGAAUAUAUGAUACGGAUAUAUAUUAUUAUAAAAUAUAUUGACAAGGGAAUAGAGGGGCUACAGUGUACAGUGAUUUUUCAUCUCUCAUACAUAGGAGUAUAAUAAUCUCUAAAGAGAGCGCCAUACUGUAAUUCGAUUAUCGUGAUUUAUUCGACCAAUAAUAUAUCGACCGUAUAAUUCUGUGCUGUAGUGCCGUACAGUCGUAAGGUAAUUUUUAUUGGGGGUGACCAAAGAAAAAGGGGGAAACAACAAAUUUUCAAACGUACACAAACCCGACUAUUUUUUCUCCAAUUUCGAAUUAUGCGUGGUGCGAGAUGGUGUGCUCCCUGACUAAGAACUGCGAGGGUGAGUCCGCCGCUUUGGUAGGGCAAGAGAACGCGAGAUCAGAACAUCCGGAAAUCGUAGACGGUGCUACGAUGUCUUCCUUGAGCGACGCUCAUAGACGCAGUCAUUUAGAGGGUGAAAGAAGUUCGUCGGCUGGUUCGUCCUUGGGUUCGUGUUCGCCUCCCCCACCUUCCAGUCACUCACCGCCGCCGCCCAGACCACCCUGGCUUCAUGACUUUCAUGCGGCAGCCUCGCCUCACGUGUUGCAAUUUCUUAAUCUGAGCGCCGCCGGCGGUGGCAUGCUCGGCAGCCAACCUCUGGCUGCCCUUCACUCCAUGGCUGAGAGGAGUCAUCAACAGCAGCAGCAGCAACAGAGUCUUCAACUUUCUGGUAUCACUGGACAGAUCGGAAAUCAACCUCAGGGACAGGCUUCUCCCACGGGAAGUGGUAAACACUCACCGGCUACCUCCAUCACUUCCGUCGGCAGCAAUCCGCAUGGCAUCGAUACUAUAUUAUCGAGACCAGCUGCUACUCAUCCUCAGGCACCGGUUUCUGCGUCGCACGGUUUACCUCCUGCACCUCAUCCACAGCCGCUCACUGCACCGCGUUAUGCGAUGCAUGCUGGUUUCACUGCCUCCUCAGGAAUGGGUCAAUUUCAACAAAGAACAGAACCACGGCAUCCCGCUGUGUAUUGGCCAGGACUCCAGGGAUUAGUUAGCGACCCACUGGCAUGGCGGGCGCGAUUGCAUUCGCUGUCACAACAGCUCGGCUGUCAGCAAGCGAUGACAGGGGCUGCCGGGGGCGGCGGUGGGGAACACGAGGGUGGUAAGAAGAAGCAUACGAGGCCGACCUUCAGUGGACAGCAGAUAUUCGCCCUGGAGAAGACGUUCGAGCAGACCAAGUAUCUGGCUGGUCCUGAGCGAGCUAAGCUUGCUUAUGCCCUGGGGAUGUCUGAGUCGCAGGUCAAGGUGUGGUUCCAGAACAGACGGACAAAGUGGCGAAAGAAGCACGCGGCCGAGAUGGCGACGGCGAAGAGGCGUCAGGAGGAGGUCGAGGGUGUCGUGGCGGAAGGCGAAGAGGGUUGCAGCGACGCCGAGACCGAGGGUAACGGGGAGACGGCCGCGAAGAGACUCAGAAGAGAGCUGGAGCAGCAGUACGGGCCGUGAUGGGGAUGAAGGCUGUUGAGAAUCUGCGAGGGGUUGAAAAGGCGUGGCCACCGUACUGGCGGGUAUAGCCAUGGGCGGCGCUUAAGGGUUGGAAAUUCAUCCCUCUCUUGGCUCGUGAACAAUCAUCCCCACACGUCGGACCAUCCGACUCUACGUCGUCCCACCAUUAACCAACCCUCCGAGACCACCGCUCGUUCAGGGUGCUCAGUUCGACGUGGGAACCGGAAGGACGUCAUCGCGGCUGAUUUUACUCCGAGAGAAUCAUCCGCCCCCUAAAACACUUUGCGGGGCUGCUACCAAUGGAGCUCCUCUAUCGGCUUUAGGGUUAAUCAUGAUAUUAAUGGCGUCGAGACGCUCUGCGCUCGCUGGGAUCACUCACUGACAAUGAGUACGAGGUACAAGAGACCUGGGUCGGUGUCUACCUAGGGCGAGAGUAAGGAGGGAAGUUGAUACGUAUCUUUGUAAGGGAUGAUCAAUGGAGACACGAUGAUCUCAGUGAGAGUAACUGGUUGGACAUAACCAAGGGGUGAUGUCUUGUAUAUUCUGUAGAUAACAUGAUUAACGUGAAUGUGAUAUUUGGCGUUUAAAAUUGACGACUAGCCAGGCGAAGUCCAUUGACGCGGAAUUAUAACUGAUCUCGAUAAAUCUUAAUUGACAAUUAAUUAAAGAAAAAUUUUACGCGUAUCCCGUACGUCAGAUACGGGAUAUAAAAGAUCGUGGGCGGAGGCGCGCAUUGAGAAACGGAUGUAUAGAGAAAAAAAUAAAAAUAAAAAAGAAUUCAUCCACUCGAUUCGAUCAGCAAGGAAUAAUACGAUUCGUUAGAUAUUUUCUUUUUUUUUCAAUCAAUCGAGACGAUGAAUUCAUACGUGAUUUUCGAUAAAGCAAAUCGAACAGGGCGACAUAGGGAAUGGACCCAAGGGAUGCAAAAUCAUUGCACUAGACAGUUUAAACUCAGCAGCGUAACCUAUAUUAAUUUACAAGCCCCACAGAGGAGUAUCUAUUAAUCAUUGUACAGUAAACGCUAGACUAAGCCCCGUUAGCUAUAAGUAGAGAACCAUCCUUGUAUAAAGCACUGUAUAAAUUAUACAUACAUGUUAUCUACCGCUUGUGUAAUAUAAAUAUCUCUGAAUUUAAUAAAUGGCCAAUACAAUAUUGUAAGGGGAGACGUGUCCGUUUAACUUUCUAUCGUUCACCCCUUCAUUCUCUUCUUCUCUCCUACCACCCCCAAUUUCUUUCUUUUUUUUUCUUUCACCAAUCUUCAUCCCCCUCCAUCGGCCCAAGGGUACUUUCUCGUUUUCUCCACAGACCUUUCCCCGUUCGUCAAUAACACCCCUCGCGUAAGCAAUCCCCGUUACUUUUCGAUCCACCCUCGUAUUUAAGAGGCAGGAAACCAACCCCCCGACGACGGCGUCGCCGGGACCUCUGAUUGAAUUUCCUCUCGAAGCGUCGGGACGCUCAGCAGUCGUCGUCGAUCCGAUUAUGGCGGUAGAACCACGGCGCCAACUCUGUCUUUCUUAUAGGGGGUUGCUACCCUGGCUUCCUACCCCCUAUACACAGUGGUACCGUCGUUCUCCUCCACUUUUAUCGAAAUACCGGACCGUCUUUCAAUUCUGUGAGAUCGCUCCUCGGCUGGGAUUGCCGGAAACGAAACAAUCGCGAUCCACUCGAGAGGGUUGGCUUUUCAAUAAGUCGAGGAUAAAAGCCGAACCGGAGGGAUAAAAGAUUGGCUCGAGGAGAUCCACCCCCCCAUUUGGGAGGGACCCUCAUGUCGUACGACAGAUAACUAAGUGAGGAUUCCACUAUGGUCUGUCCUAGAUAAUACCUUACGUUUUGAUUUUACUGUAGCAAUUAGUAUCUGUUUACAUUGGAACGCAGUAUGGAUAUAUAUACGUAUGAUAAAGUAUAGUAAGUCUAUUAGCACUACGGUAAAAUUGUAUCAAGAAUUAAGUACGUCCUACUAUAGUAAAUUGUGCUACAGUGCACAAGUCUCGCUAACCGAUCCACCCAGUCGAAGGAGACUUGGAAUCAAUUUAGUAAACGAUGGAUUAAUUUAAUAAGGGUGCCUUUCCUUUCUCAACAGGGGAUGAUGCUACCGAGC